AUAAAGGCGGAGCCACGAUGCGUCACCUCAGCUAAACUUUGAACGGCGAUUUGUUUCAAAACGUUCUUUAACUAUAAGAACAUCGACUAUUUUUUGUGAUAUAACUUCAGUCGUAAUUUUAUUUUUAAAUGUUACGUGAUUACACAGUAAAUCGAGUGGACUUUCGAGCGAAGAACCAUUUUGUUUUGGCUGUUGGCUAGCUAGCUUGUAUGCUAUGUACGUAUCCUGUGUACUAGUAGCUUGUAAUGUCUUCAUACCGUGCACUAUUCGCUAGCUUGUAUGCUUUCUACUUUGUGCCUGCGGGCGCGAAUUUUGACAGCACUUUCACCAGUCCAGCACUGUCAUUGCGCGCUUACUGUAAAUGACGAACGCGUCAUCUGUUUAGUCACGUCCCCCCUUUUCCACUCCGUCGCCAAGAUGGCGCCGCUGUCACCAUUUGGGGGCAUGUUGAGUGCAACAUCCGGGUACUGUGUGCCGUACUUGUCAAGCGAAUGCAGCCAUUUGGGCGUGUUUAGUGCAACAUCCGGUUGAACUGACUUAGGUACUCAAUAUGCUAGGUGCUCUAACUCUUAACCGGAAGUCGUCGACGAGAGUGGAACAACACGACCAAACUUUGUUGCCCUACACCACACUACAGCAACAGCAAGAUGGCGCCCAGAGUGGAUGACGUCAUGCGCCUGUGCUGCGAGAUUUCGGCACAGGAGGAGAUCAAAGUGGCGGUGAAAGGCUCGGCCAAAGGAGCCAUGGUUGCAGGGGGAAGUGCGUUUCUCGGCGGCAUGCUGGGCGGACCUCCCGGCAUCGCUGUUGGUGGCGUGGUAGGCAGCCUGCUGGGCAGCUGGCUGACCAGCGGCCAGUUCCGGCCCCUUCCUCAGGUCCUGAUGGAGCUGCCCCCCGCCCAGCAGAGGAAGCUGUCCGAGGACGUGGCGGCCGUCCUGUGGGGUCUGGACUGGACAGAUGCGGCCCAGCUGGUGGCCCUGGUGAUGGGCAGCGCCACGUUGCAGCAGCAGGUCACGGCCGCCCUGCUGAACUACAUCACCAAGGAACUCAGAGCGGAGGUUCGAUAUAGAGACUGACACAGGACGAUGGGAGUGCUAAAAGUUUGAUUUUUUUUAAAACUUUUUUUUUGUCUCUUGAGUGUCAAAGAACCGCGACAUUGUGAAUGUGACUACUAAUAUUGUGCCUUUUUAUUAUGUAUAAGAAUAUUUUUAAAUCAAUCAUGAAUAAAAAGCACUGAUUUGCACUAACCUUUAUGAAAUAGACGGCAAGGACCUGAU